UUCAACGAGUAUUAUUUGUAUUGUAUAGAAUCAAACGAGAAAACUGCAUUAUUCAUUUGACAUAAUUCAAGUUACCUGCAUAAUAGGAUACUUUGUCCAUAAUUCGGCCAUAAUACAACCAGCACCCCACAUAUCUACAGGCUUUCCAUAAUGACGGUCAUUUAGGAGAAUUUCAGGAGGUCGAUACCACAAAGUAACAACUCGUCCAGUAUAACGUGUUGGGCGAUCAGGACGAAGAGAGGCAACAGUUGUUCGAGCCAGACCAAAAUCUGCUAUUUUAAGAAUGCCGUUUUUAUCAAUCAAAAUGUUCGCAGCUUUUAAAUCCCGAUGGAGGACAUUGUUUCUGGAACGAAAGAAAUUCUAUGUGUUCAUGAGGACCACAUUAAUACAAAUUAUGUAAACAGGCGUAUACGGAAAUGUUUGACCAGAGAGGAUACAAACGAAACCACAACGUUGUGCCGUAUAUGAUUGGAGAUCGGACAACUGCCAACAACUAAACAUACAUAAUUAAAUAGUUCAACAAUUAUCAAGUGCUGAUCAAACCCAAAAACGUUUCUACCUACUAAUACACUUGAAUAUUAUCUUAUAAACAAUAUAUCGCCUUUAGGUAGAAAAUACACAUACAGAAACCAAGACGAAAGAAUCUUGAGGGAAAUUUACUUAUAACUUAGCAUAAAAACAAAGUAAAUAGAUGGACACAAACUACCAACAAACACCUGGUAUUGACACAAAUAUACCGUCCUAAUACAAAAAAUUACUGAUUAUAAAGGUUAAGAUAGACUUACUUUGCUACCUGGUACGUACUUACUUACUCCUGUUACUCCUAAUGGAGCAAAGGCCGCCGACCAGCAAUCUCCAACCCACUCUGUCCUGGGCCUUCUUUUCUAGUUCCAUCCAAUUCUUGUUCAUUUUUCUCAUGUCUAUCUCCGUUACCCGGCGUAAUGUGUUCUUUGGUCUUCCUCUCUUCCUUUGGCCUUGAGGAUUCCAUGUUAGGGCAUGUCUUGUGACGCAACUGGGUGCUUUCCGCAAUGUUUAUCCUAUCCACUUCCAACGCUUCUUCCUAAUUUCUUCCUCCGCUGGGAUCUGGUUUGUUCUUUCCCACAGUUGGUUGUUGCUAAUAGUGUCCGGCCAACAUAUCCGAAGUAUUUUGCGUAGACAACGGUUAAUGAACACCUGUAUCUUGUGGAUGAUGGUUUUCGUAGUUCUCCAAGUUUCCGCCCCAUACAGUAGAACUGUCUUGACAUUUGUAUUGAAAAUCCAGAUCUUGGUGUUAGUUGACAGUUGCUUUGAGUUCCAGAUGUUCUUCAAUUGUAAAUAUGCUGCUCUUGCUUUACCGAUCCGCGCUUUCACAUCUGCAUCAGACCCACCGUGUUCAUCAAUGAUGCUGCCCAAAUAUAUAAAGGUUUCUACAUCUUCCAAAUCUUCUCAGUCAAUUGUGACUGGAUUGGAGCAUGCUGUGUUGUAUUGGAGAAUCUUUCUUUUCCCUUUGUAUAUAUUGAGACCUACUGCUGCUACAUUGGUCGUCUUCUCCUGCAUUUGUUGUUGCAAUUGCGAUAGGAGAGCUAGAUCAUCUGCGAAGUCUAGAUCGUCCAGCCGCAUCUUAGCUGUCCGUUGUAUCUCGUGCUUUUUCCUAGAUCUUGACGUCUUAAUGAUCCAGUUGAUAACCAGGAGAAAGAGAAAGGGUGAGAGUAAGCAACCUUGCCUGACACCGGUCUUUACCUCGAUCGAGUCUGUCAAUUGUCCUCCACGCACAAUUUUGCAGUUGAAUCAAUCAUAGGAAUUCCGUAUGAUAUUGACUAUCUUCUGAGACACGCCGUAGUAUCGAAGAAGGUUCCAUAGUGUUGUUCUGUCCACGCUAUCAAAUGCUUUUUCGUAGUCAAUGAAGUUGAUGUAGAGUGAUGGAUUGCAUUGAAUUGAUUGUUCCACAAUGAUCCGUAGAGUUGCGAGUUGGUCUGUACACGAUCUAUCCUUACGGAAUCCUGCCUGUUGGUCACGAAGUUGGGUGUCUACGCAGUCUUUCAUCCUGUUUAACAAUACCCUGUUGAGGACUUUUCCCGGUAUUGAGAGAAGAGUGAUGCCCCUGUAGUUAUCCCAGUUGCUGGGAUCGCCUUUCUUUGGUAUUUUGAUCAGAAGUCCUUUCCAGUUUGUUGGUACUUCUUCCUCAUCCUAUAUCUUAUUGAAGAGAAUGUGGAGUAUCCUUGCAGUUACUGCUACGUCUGCUCUCAGUGCCUCUGAUGGAAUGUUGUCUGGUCAUGCUGCUUUGCCACUCUUGAUUUGUCUGAUGGCCAUGCUGAUUUCUUCAAUUGUUGGUGGGCCAGCACUGAUUGGGAGGUCCGUGGGUGCAGCUUCGAUAUUGGGUGGGUUCAGUGGGGCUGGUCGAUUCAAGAGUUCUUUGAAGUGUUCUACCCACCUGUUUCGUUGUUCUUCAAUGUUGGUGAUUACCUUGUCUUCCUGGUACGUGGAGGAAUUUUAUUUAAUGAACAAAGUACACAACCAUUGCAUAAAAAAUUGGGAGGUUCACUAAGAAAUAACAUAAUGUACCAUAUAUCUAAUUCAUCUUUUGAUAACAUCACUUGCGAGCUAUGAUAACUUAAUACACUGAAAGCUGAGUUAAUGCAAAAACUUCACUUGAACUUUUUUAGUAUUAUUAUUCUAGCUUUAAUGAAGAUUUACCUGAAGAAAUGUUUACUCAUUAUUCUUUGAGAAAGCCAAGUGAACUUAAUAAUCCAUGCUGAGAUCUCAUUAGAAACUAACCUACUUCAGUUGAUGGGACUUCCUAGUGGAGUGAACACGCGCAACUACUUUGUUCUUUAGUAUCGAUCUAGGAGUCGACCUAAACCUAUUCUGAAGCUGUAUUUUGGAUGUAGAUGGAAAAAACGCAUCCCAAAAAUGUUUGCAUUUGUGACACAAAUUAGUCUGAUACACUCAGCUUUGAGUUAAACUAUGGACUGGAAAUACUGCUAGACUGUUAAAUCUAACUACACAAUAGGCCUGUCCUGCUACCUUUGAGUUAGUCAGUUCGUCUCGUCGCCAAGCCUAGAAUAUAAACCCGUUUGUUAACGGGUUACCAAUAACGGGAUGGAACAUUGUAAGAUUUUGAGUGACACAUAGUAAGAGUGAGUUCAAGUGCUCUUAUAGCAUGAAUCUUGAAAAAUCCUUAACCAUCGAAGACACGAAAAAUGAAAUAUUACUUAAGGCAGCAUAGCGAAAAAUAAGGGUCCCAACAAACUUACAGAUGCAAGUAGAAAACGCCAGUAAGUAGUUGUUUCAUUAUUGCUUUUUUGACUGGUUCAGUGAAAUCAAUCUGCUGACUUAAACCAGCAAGAUCAUGAUCACAAAACUCAAAAACAAGAUAGAAUUGUGGUUUGAAUCCAUUACCAGCAUUUGCUGAGAAUAGCGUGAGGUAGAAAUAGGCUUACGUGGACUAUGGCAUAUUUCCUUUAGACACACAAUAUUUUCAUGAUUGAGGGAUUGUAAUAUGCGUAUUUCUCGUAACGCAGUAAUAGGAAACUUUAAAAUUGGUAUGUUAAAAGUGCUACAUACUCCUUCUUUUUCUUGUUCCAUCCGAAUUCGUUUCAGUGCAAAAUGCUGUUUUGUUGAUUUAUGCCGCACCUUAAAAACCUCCCCAAACGUACCCUGCCCGAUUUUCUGUAGUCGCACGUAUUGAUCGACUGGCUUGGUCUUUGAUAUCCCUUCCAGCUCUCUCUCUGCCAUUGUGAAAAACUUUGUGUAGUCUGCUUGAAGAUCUGACAGCAACUCCACUCGAUAACUGUCAUCUUGAAGCAGAGCCAUGAGAUGGUUCCGAAAAUGCUUGAUUUACCA